AUGUCCCGGGAGGGAAGACAUCCUUGGGCGAUUGUUGUGCCCUUCGCUCUACCCAGUGAAAAGAUUUGUGUGCAUACCUACCGUCAAGGCCGCCUGCAUUCAUAUGACGACUUGCUAGAGGUCAUCACGCCAAAUGCUGAGCACAGAGACGACUCCAGAGUACUUUUUGCGCAUGCUAUCAUACGACACCCGGCUAGAUCUAAAGCGCGACGUCGUCGCUAA